GCCGACUUUCUCUCCCUUUCGGAAACCCCCCCCUCCCUCUUCUCCCACUACCACCGCCAACCCGCUUCGUUUGCUGGAGAGAGACCCGUUCUUCCUCCGAACCAGGCAUCCAAACCGCAACCAUGGAGGGCUCUUCAGAUAUCAACACCGUCCUCACCAACUCGCUGAGUCCUGACGCGACCCUGCGACAUGCUGCUGAACAGCAGCUCAGCCAAGCCGCUGUGACAAACUUCUCUCAAUACCUCGUGACACUUGUCCAAGAGUUGGCAAAUGAGAGCGCCCAGAGCCACAUCCGAGCGGCGGCCGGUAUCGCCCUCAAGAACGCCUUCAGUGCUCGCGAGUUCGCUAGGCAAGCAGAGCUCCAAGCAAAAUGGCUUCAGCAGACAGACCAAGACACAAAGACACGGGUGAAACAGCUCACCCUCGAGACCCUCGCCUCCAGCAGUACCCAGGCAAGCCAGGCCUCGGCGCAGGUUAUCGCGGCUAUCGCUACCAUCGAGUUACCACGAAACGAGUGGCCAGACCUUAUGCACGCCCUGGUCAAGAAUGUUAGCGAGGGAAGCGAGCACCAGAAGCAGGCCUCUCUGACCACCAUCGGCUUCAUCUGCGAGAGUCAAGAUGUCGAUCUACGAAACAGCCUGGUUCAACAUUCCAAUGCCAUCCUCACAGCUGUUGUCCAAGGUGCUCGCAAGGAGGAGCCCAACCGCGAAGUCCGACUUGCCGCCAUUACCGCCCUCGGCGACUCUCUCGAGUUCGUCGGUAACAACUUCAAGCAUGAGGGCGAGCGCAACUACAUUAUGCAGGUUAUUUGCGAGGCGACACAGGCUGAGGACUCUCGGAUACAGCAGGGUGCUUAUGGCUGCCUCAACCGCAUCAUGGCCCUCUACUACGAGAACAUGCGCUUCUACAUGGAAAAGGCUUUGUUUGGUCUCACCAUCCUGGGCAUGAAGAGCGAUGACGAGGAUGUGGCCAAGCUUGCAGUUGAGUUCUGGAGUACCGUUUGCGAAGAGGAGAUUGCUAUUGAAGAUGACAAUGCUCAGGUUGAGAGCUCGGAGCAGAUGCGCCCCUUCUACAACUUCGCCCGCGUUGCUACACUCGAAGUAGUCCCUGUACUCCUACAGCUUCUCACCAAGCAAGAUGAGGAUGCGGCUGAUGACGAGUACAACAUUUCGCGUGCUGCGUACCAGUGUCUCCAACUCUACUCUCAGGCUGUCGGUGCGGCAAUCAUCCAGCCAGUCAUCCAGUUCGUUGAAGCCAACCUUCGCGCUGACGACUGGCACCUCCGUGAUGCCGCUGUUUCUGCUUUCGGUGCCAUGAUGGACGGCCCCGAGGAGAAGUUGCUCGAGCCUAUCGUCAAGUCUGGCAUGCAGCCCUUGAUCGGCAUGAUGGAGGAUCCCUCUUUACAUGUUCGUGACUCGACCGCAUACGCUCUUGGCAGAAUUACAGAGACUUGCUCGGAAGUGAUCGAUCCCGCUGUUCACCUUGACCCCUUGAUCACCUCCCUGUUCAACGGCCUCAUGAGCAGCCCCAGAAUGGCCGCGUCCUGCUGCUGGGCUUUGAUGAACCUCGCGGAACGUUUUGGCGGCGAAUACGGUGCCGCGCAAAACCCCAUUACUCCUCACUUCAACCAGUGCGUGACCAACUUGCUCGCCGUAACGGCGAAGCUUGACGGUGACGCUACAGUUCGCACCGCUGCCUACGAGGUUCUUAACGUGUUUGUGCAGAAUGCUGCCAACGACAGUCUCCCUGCUGUUGCAUCCCUCUCGGAUGUUAUCCUCCAACGUUUGGAGGAAACCCUGCCCCUGCAAUCCCAAGUUGUCAGCGUUGAAGACAAGAUCACUCUCGAGGAUAUGCAGACCAGUCUCUGCACCGUGCUCCAGGCAAUCAUCCAGCGCUUGGACAAGGAGAUCACUCCCCAAGGCGACCGCAUUAUGCAGGUUCUGCUUCAGCUCUUGAACACUAUUAAUGGCAAGUCGGCCGUUCCUGAAGGUGUCUUUGCAGCCAUCAGCGGUCUUGCGAACGCCAUGGAGGAGGACUUUGCCAAGUACAUGGACGCUUUUGCUCCCUUCCUUUACAAUGCCCUGGCAAACCAGGAAGAGCCGAGUCUCUGCUCUAUGGCUAUCGGCCUGGUCAGUGAUAUCACUCGCUCCAUGGGCGAACGCAGCCAGCCAUACUGCGAUCAGUUCAUGAACUAUCUCCUUAACAAUCUCAGGAGCACUGCUCUUGCCAACCAGUUCAAGCCUGCAAUCCUGCAGUGCUUCGGCGAUAUUGCUGGCGCUAUUGGCGGUCACUUUGAGGCUUACCUCUCGGUUGUUGCUGUUGUCCUUCAGCAGGCUGCUACCGUUACCGCUUCCGCCGAGGGCUCUUAUGAGAUGUUCGACUAUGUGAUCUCUCUCCGUGAGGGUAUUAUGGAUGCCUGGGGUGGCAUUAUCGGUGCCAUGAAGGGCAGCGACAAGACCAACGUUCUCGAACCCUACGUUCAGUCGAUCUUUGAGCUUCUUAACACUAUUGCUCAGGAUCCUAACCGCAGCGAAGCCCUCAUGCGGGCCGCUAUGGGUGUCAUAGGUGAUCUUGCGGACGCAUAUCCCAACGGCCAGCUGGCCGAAGUCUUCCGUCAGGACUGGAUCACCGCCAUGAUCAAGGAGACUCGGUCGAACCGCGAGUUCCAGCAGCGUACCAUUGAGACUGCUCGGUGGGCGCGCGAGCAGGUCAAGCGUCAGAUCAGCGGCACCCAGGGCAUGAUCCAGACAUGAGGUUCACUCAGCCCUGAGGACAAUCCCAAAGGUGCUCUCUCAGCUCGUCGGCCCUCAGGGCCACUAGCGUUACUUCAAGCACUUCACUCCCGUAGUCGCUUUGGAAGAUGCAUUAUCCCAUCACUACCCCCAAGCCC